AUGUCUGCACCAAGAAAUGCUCAGUUCUACGAACUUUAUCGCAGGACGAGCUUGGGCAUGCAAUUGACUGAUGCUCUUGACGAAUUGAUUCAAUCAGGUCAUAUCAAUCCCGUAUUGGCCAUGCGAGUAUUGACGCAAUUUGAUCGUACGAUUGCUGAAACACUGACAAAGCAAGUCAAAGCAAAAGCAACUUUGAAAGGUCAUUUGCAUACCUAUCGACUUUGUGAUGACGUUUGGCAAUUCGAAACAAGAGAUUCAAAGUUGAAGCUCGAUAAUGGUGAGAUCAUAAACGUUGAAAGGGCUCGAAUCGUCGCUUGCAAAAAGGAAGAUAAUGCAAGCUCAAAAUGAACCAUUCUUAGAGACAAUCUUUGGGCGGGAAUGCCUUGCCCUUACCAUUAGACAGGCACCUGGCUGGAACCGUAGAAUGCCUUUCCUCUUUGCUUCAUCUCCUUUUCUUGUCGUUGUAAACAUUGUACAUGCUCUCAUCUGUA